UGACUUUACUUUUAAUAACGAGCGACUGUGGUCAAUUGCUAUUUAGUCUGAAUGAUAGGCGGAGUCUUCGUCGAUCUAGCUGCAGUUCUCCACCAAAGGCCGUUCUGGCCUGGGCAGAGCAGAUUAAAGAAGUUCUGACUUGAAAUUCUGUUCUCACUCAAUUAGUCAAAACCUAUGGCCAUUGCCUUUGCACUGUUUUAAUAUCUCUAGCUAACAAAAACAGUAACAUUAUUCAUUAACGUUAAAUCUGCCUUCACUUGGCUCUGAAUUGACUUUUAAUUUUGAAAAAAAUUGGAGCACGCUUUAGGAGAGAUGGAGUUUGAAAUAGAACAGUGUGAAGCAUCCCAGGAGCAUUGUAAUCAAUUCAUGUCAUCAGGAGUUGGCAACAAUGAUACAAUGUCGGCUCUUGCUUUACUGAUGGGAACAACAUGGCUGUUCUACUGGGUUCUCUCAAGACUUUUCUUAUUUGUAGCGAUUCUCAACAUCAUCCCACUUAUGGUGCUAAUGUUCCUCUAUAUCUCGUCAUUCUACGCUCAUAUCUACAAGACUUGGUACCACAUUGGUGGUGACUCCACAUCCCAGGUCUACACGGCGUCGGUUUUUGAGAGGGCUAGGAACAACAUCGUCACAGCAUGGGAUCUUCUUGGGAAAAUUUGGUUCGGUUAUGAAAUUCAAGGUUUGGAAAACCUUCCAAAGGAGGGUGGAGCAAUGUUGGUGUAUUAUCAUGGGACUAUUCCUAUCGAUAUCUACUUCAUCAUCAGUAAAAUUAGAUUAGAGUGCAAGCGCUCUUUGAAUCUAGUCGCUGAUAGAUUUGUUUACAAACUCCAUGGCCUCAAGCUCCUGUGGAGAAUCUUUGCAGUGACAACAGGUAACAGAGAGGAUUGUGUUCGGAUCCUCAAAGAGGGUAACUUAUUGGCCAUAGCACCAGGUGGUACCAGGGAGGCUUACUUCAGUGGCAAUACAUACCCUCUCAUGUGGUUCCAGAGGAAAGGCUUUGCACAGGUUACAAAGGAAGCUAAAGUGCCUAUCAUUCCAGUGUUUACUCAGAAUUGCAGAGAAGCCUUCCGUACACCCAAGCUAGGGCGUAACAUCCUUCGGUGGCUGUAUGAGAAGACUAGAGCACCACUGGUUCCAAUCUACGGGGGUUUCCCUGUGAAACUGAAAACAUUCAUCGGUCCACCGAUACAAUGGGAUCCUCAAAUGACAGUAGAUGACAUUGUACAAAAGGCCCAUGAAGCUGUUGAGGGUUUGAUUCAAAAGCACCAGAAGAUUCCAGGUAGCAUCCGAAGAGCUUUCCUUGAACGCUUCUCAACCUCCAAAGACAAGGAAGAAUAAGUACCUUAAAUAGAAGAUUAAUUUCAGGUCUAAGACAGUACAUGUUUAGAUCUAUACAGUCUUUCGACCCCAUAUUAUAAAUAUAUAUAUGAAUCAAAUUAGAAAUGCCUGACAUUGUAAUAUCAUAAUUUGGACCACAAUAUGUCUUAAGACCUCUGCACACCUUACGACUGGUCCACGAUCCAAUUUUUAACAAAUCGUAUUUAUUUUUUGAAACUGUGAAUGAAAGGUAUCUUUUCAUUUGAGGUUCAAAUUAGCUGUAAGAACACUAAUAUUACCAUUUUGG